ACCGAGUAAGGGCCUGGCGGCAGCGGCGACAGAAUCCGAGGGACCGCGCGCUAGGGCCCGCAGGGAGAGAAGGGGCGCGGGCGCGCUUCUCCCGGGGUCGCGUGCGUGAGCGCGAGCGCUGGGGCGCGCGCGCGAGGUGCAAAGAAUUGUAGACCAAGGCGCCAUGGAUAGGAGAAGUGUGGUUGAAACAGAAAACGGAGAUGCUUUCCUUGACCUGAAGAAGCAACCGGCCUCCAAAUCCCCCCAUCGAUAUACAAAAGAGGAGCUCUUGGAUAUAAAAGAACGCCCUCAUUCCAAACAGAGGCCUUCAUGCCUCUCUGAAAAAUAUGACAGUGAUGGCGUCUGGGACCCUGAGAAGUGGCAUGCCUCUCUCUACCCAGCUUCAGGGCGGAGCUCACCAGUGGAAAGUCUGAAGAAAGAAUUGGAUACAGACCGGCCUUCCCUGGUGCGCAGGAUAGUAGAUCCACGAGAGCGUGUGAAAGAAGAUGACUUAGAUGUUGUUCUCAGCCCACAGAGACGAAGCUUUGGAGGGGGCUGCCAUGUGACCGCUGCUGUUAGCUCUCGGCGUUCAGGAAGCCCAUUGGAGAAAGACAGUGAUGGGCUUCGCCUGCUUGGUGGACGAAGGAUUGGCAGUGGGAGGAUAAUCUCUGCUCGGACCUUUGAGAAGGAUCACCGUCUUAGCGAUAAGGACUUGCGAGACUUGAGAGACAGAGACCGAGAGAGGGACUACAAGGACAAGCGCUUCAGGAGGGAGUUUGGGGAUAGUAAGCGUGUCUUUAGUGAACGUAGAAGAAAUGAUUCCUACACAGAAGAAGAACCAGAGUGGUUCUCUGCUGGACCCACAAGUCAGUCUGAAACCAUUGAGCUGACUGGCUUUGAUGAUAAGAUACUGGAAGAAGAUCACAAGGGGAAAAAAAGAACAAGGCGACGGACAGCCUCUGUGAAGGAAGGCAUAGUCGAGUGCAAUGGUGGAGUGGCCGAAGAGGAUGAGGUGGAGGUCAUCCUCACACAGGAGCCUGCUGCUGAUCAGGAAGUGCCAAGGGAUGCUGUCUUGCCUGAGCAGUCCCCAGGAGAAUUUGACUUUAAUGAGUUCUUUAACCUUGAUAAGGUGCCAUGCUUGGCUUCGAUGAUUGAAGAUGUUUUGGGAGAAGGCUCAGUUUCUGCCAGUCGGUUCAGUAGGUGGUUCUCUAACCCCAGCCGAUCAGGAAGCCGAUCCAGCAGUCUUGGGUCAACACCACAUGAAGAACUGGAGAGACUGGCAGGUCUGGAGCAAGCCAUCCUCUCUCCUGGACAGAACUCGGGGAAUUAUUUUGCUCCUAUACCAUUGGAAGACCAUGCUGAAAAUAAAGUGGAUAUUUUAGAAAUGCUACAAAAAGCCAAAGUGGAUUUAAAACCUCUUCUUUCCAGCCUUUCUGCAAAUAAAGAAAAACUUAAAGAGAGCUCACAUUCAGGGGUUGUGCUUUCAGUGGAAGAGGUAGAAGCAGGGCUCAAAGGCUUGAAGGUGGACCAGCAAGUGAAGAAUUCGACUCCCUUCAUGGCAGAACACUUAGAGGAGACCCUGAGUGCUGUAACCAGCAAUCGACAACUCAAAAAAGAUGGAGAUAUGACUGCGUUCAACAAGCUAGUGAGCACCAUGAAGGCAAGUGGGACUUUGCCUUCUCAGCCCAAAGUCAGCCGAAACCUUGAAAGCCAUUUGAUGUCCCCUGCUGAGAUUCCAGGCCAGCCUGCCCCUAAGAACAUCUUGCAGGAACUUCUGGGUCCACCAGUUCAGAGACCUGCUUCUUCCAAUCUUCUGAGUGGCCUUAUGGGGAGCUUGGAGCCUACAACACCUUUACUGGGCCAAAGAGCACCCUCUCCUCCCUUGUCACAGGUGUUUCAAACACGAGCAGCUUCAGCAGAUUACCUUCGUCCUAGAAUACCAUCACCAAUUGGUUUCACAUCAGGACCACAGCAGCUACUCGGAGAUCCAUUCCAAGGCAUGCGCAAGCCCAUGAGCCCUGUCACAGCCCAGCAGAUGAACCAGCUAGAAUUGCAACAGGCAGCUUUGGAGGGGCUGGCCCUACCACAUGACCUUGCAGUGCAGGCAGCAAACUUUUACCAGCCUGGUUUUGGCAAACCACAGGUAGACAGAACCAGGGAUGGAUUCAGAAACAGGCAACAGCGAGUGACCAAGUCACCAGCACCCGUGCACCGAGGGAAUUCCUCUUCCCCUGCUGCCUCCAUCACAAGCAUGCUUUCUCCUUCCUUUACCCCUACCUCAGUGAUUCGUAAGAUGUACGAGAGCAAAGAGAAAAGCAAGGAGGAGCCAGCAUCUGGAAAAGCAGCUCUUGGUGACAAUAAAGAGGACAUUCAGAAGGCCAGUGAAGAGAACUUCCUGUCAUCCAACUCUGUGCCCAAUGUUGAUCGAGACGCUUCUCCCACCACAAAUCCCAAACUGUCAACGUUGCAACGGUCUUCAUGUUCAACCCCGCUAUCCCAGACCAACCGUUACACCAAAGAACAAGAUUAUCGACCUAAAGCAACUGGAAGAAAAACACCCACCUUGGCAACCCCAGUUCCAGGAACACCUUUUCUCCGCCCUAUCCACCAAGUUCCUCUUGUCCCCCAUGUCCCAAUCGUUCGGCCUGCUCAUCAGCUUCACCCAGGGUUGGUCCAAAGGAUGCUGGCCCAGGGAGUACAUCCACAGCAUCUUCCAAGUUUGCUGCAAGCUGGUGUGCUUCCUGCUGGGAUGGACCUGACUCACUUACAGGGAAUAUCUGGCCCAAUCCUGGGUCAACCCUUUUACCCUUUACCUGCCGCUAGUCACCCUCUCCUAAACCCUCGUCCUGGGACACCUCUGCAUCUGGCAAUGAUGCAACAGCAGCUGCAGCGCUCAGUUCUUCAUCCUCCAGGCUCUGGUUCCCAGGCAGCAGCUGUCAGCGUUCAGACGACCCCUCAGAAUGUGCCCAGCCGGUCAGGCCUGCCCCAUAUGCACUCCCAGUUGGAGCACCGCCCCAACCAGAGGAGCAGCUCCCCGGUGGGCCUUGCCAAAUGGUUUGGCUCAGAUGUGCUACAGCAGCCCCUGCCCUCCAUGCCCGCCAAAGUCAUCAGUGUAGAUGAAUUGGAAUACCGACAGUGAGCAGGGCAGGCAGGCUCACCUAAGCCUAGACCCAUGGUGGCACCUGGACAGGAUUUCUGCUCCCUCAUCUCGGGUUGGUUCACGGGCUUUUACUUUGGAGCACUCUGUGCGAAGCUCUUGGGGGUGCCCAGGCACCUGGUGUGGUCUGCAUUAUGACAGCAGGAUCUUAACCAAUCGAGUGGAGUCUAAAUACAGGAUGCACAGUAUGGUCAAUCCUGGAAACAGUCUUUUUUUGUAAGAUAUGUGAAUGAAGUGUUGGUGUCACCAAGAGGUGGCACCUAAGGGUUCUGAGGAAAUAAAUGUAUAGACCCUUAUGUACAGACCUGUGUAUAAACAACUUUUGUAUAUACAUAUAGGAUAGCUUUUUUGAACUUAUACAGCUGUACAUAAAAGUAGCUGAUAUUAGUUAAGCCUGUGUCAACAGUUUGGAUUUUUUUCACUUGUACAUUUGGGACUUUUUCUUUGGUUGAUUAAAGUUGCAUAUGCUAAGUGUGUGAAUGAAGUGAAUGGCAUUGCUGUGUUUAUUUCUUCUGAAUCCCUUCCUCCUCGUUUCCAACCAGCUGUCCAGUGAGGCUCAGUAGGUUCCUUGAGGGAAAUAAUCUGACGUUUUUUCUUUAAAACUCAUGGAACUGAACUCGUAUCUCAUCUAGAAGGAGGAAGUUAUGGUCUUCUUUCUUGAGUCUUAAAGACCCCAGUGGGCCAGUUUACUGGCUGGGCUGACCCAAUAUGUAGCCUUACAGCUAAUACUAGAUUAUAGAAUGCACUUUGUAAGAUUAAACCCACCUAGUGAAAACAGUUCAUUAGGUAAUCAUGUAUAUGGUGUUUUCUCCAAAACAAAUCUACAUUUACUGGGGCAGAAGUUAGUAGUUAGUUGGCAUCCUGUUCUCCAGCUCAGAGUCCCCUAUAGGGAAAAUUGGGGCCUUAGAGUUCUGAUUUAAUCCAUUAAAAUCUAAUUUUUUCCAUAUAGAACUUCCCUCAAGACUCUGAUGCCUGUGUUAACAGACUCCUUGUAUUUUGUAUCUCAUUUUUCAGCUUGAAGCCAGAUACCUGAGAGGUACUGUAAAUUUUAAACCAAUUUGCUGGGGUGACUCAGGGGUCUUGAGGCUUUGUGAGCUUGUUUUGCAAAAGAGAAUGCCUUCUUGGGAUCAGGGAAUGGCCCAACCUCAGCAGCCGCCCUCAGCAGCCAGCAGCCAUUGAAGCCCAGAAGUCAGAUUGCCCAGGGGCUUAUCGGGAGUGACUCCAUUGUUUCCCUGAAGCUCCUCCUGCCAAGCUCCUUAGCUCUGUAAAACCCCCCUGCUUUCUGUUCUUGGGGAGGUAGAUUUGAGCAAACC